AUGUUCGCGCAACUCUUCGCAAUCACCACCGUCCUUUUGGGCGCCGUCACCGCCUUCGACUCCUCCGCAAACAACAACAACAUCGUCUACUGGGGCCAAGCCUCCGCCGGCUCCCAAUCCUCCCUCGCGACAUACUGCGCAGACCCCUCGGUCGACGCCAUCGUCCUCUCCUUCCUCACGACAUUCUUUGGCACGAACGAUCUGCCUGAACUCAAUUUCGCGGGUGCGUGCGCGGGGAGUGUAGGGGAUGGCCUUACAUGUUCUGAGAUUGCGGCGGAUAUCCAAAGUUGCCAAUCCAACGGAAAAGCCGUCCUCCUCUCCCUCGGUGGCGCGAUUGGAGCGUACGGGUUCGACUCGGACGCGCAAGCUGAGAGCUUUGCGGACUCGAUGUGGUCAACCUUCGGACCAUCCACCACUUCCUCGACCUACCGCCCCUUCGGCUCCGCAGUCGUCGAUGGCUUCGACCUCGAUAUCGAGCAGGGAUCAUCCAACGGGUACGCGGCCUUCGUCACCCAAAUGCGCAAAAACUACGAAUCGGACACGUCCAAGCAAUACCUCAUCUCCGGCGCCCCACAGUGUGUAUACCCAGACGAAUGGCUCGGCGACGCCCUGGACAACGCGUGGUUCGACUUGGUGUUAGUCCAAUUCUACAAUAACCCUUGUCGUGUGGGGACUUCCGCUUUCAACUUCGACUCGUGGCAAAAUUGGGCAACGACAACCUCCGUGAAUCCGGAUGCGAAGGUGUAUGUCGGUGUCCCGGCCUCGAGCGCGGCGGCUGGAUCGGGGUAUGUCGAUCCCGCUACCCUCGCUACCAUUAUCGCGAGCGUGAAGAGCGAGACUGCGUUUGGUGGUGUUAUGAUGUGGGAUGUCUCACAAGCAUGGGCAAACACGGGGUCUGAUGGGUUGAAUUUUUGUCAGGCUGCGAAGGCUGCGCUGGGUGAUUCGACGGCGGCGCGU